GUUCGGCUGAGAGACUGCUGGGCCUUUUCUAUCCUACUAAUUGAAGCGGCGCUAACGCGACUCGGGGGAGUAAAUAGAUUCUCUUUCCACCUCUGCCUCUUCUCACCAGUCUUUUUUUCUUCGGGCCGGCUACAUGGCCGGCCACGCUCCCAGCUGUGGCGUCCCCUGCAGCAUCAUAGAGAAUGUGGUCCUCCGUCGGCUCAGUCUACCCUUCCCGAGUGGGGGUUAGAGCGCCUACGUCAUUCUCUGUCGCCUCGGGCUGGGUGAGGAGUGUCGACACCUGAGGACGCCGCUGGGUCGGGCAAACCCGGAGGGAAGCGAGAAACGUGUCAGGAUCUGGUUGUACAUUCUGAGCCUCAAAGGGAAGUGGAGGCUGCAUCCUGGACGGAGGGCUUUCGUUCCUUGAGCUGGGAAAACCCUGCGGGAGGGGAGCCAGGCAUCUUUUCAGGCCUGAGGAGGAAAAGCAGAGUUGAGAACAGCCUGGGGUCACAAGCGUAGCUUGGGGGCAGGCCCGCAAGCAGUUCCCCAGCUCCGAGCCGAGGCAUCCACACCCACAGGCUGCACACUAAAAUGGCUGGCUAUGCCACUACUCCUAACCCCGUGCAGACCCUUCAGGAGGAAGCGGUGUGUGCCAUCUGCCUGGAUUACUUCAAGGAUCCCGUAUCCAUAGGCUGCGGGCACAACUUCUGCCGCGGGUGUGUGACCCAGCUGUGGGGCAAGGAUGAUGAGGAAAACAGAGAAGUGGAGAUAGAUGAAUGGGAGGAGGACGAGGACGACGACGUGGAGGGGGCCAUCGGUGGAUGGGACACCUCCAUUCGAGAGGUUUUGUACCAGGGCAAUGCCGAUGAGGAGGUGUUCCAGGACCAAGAAGGUUAUGAACUCUGGGUUGGUGACGGCGGCGUCAGGGACAACAUGGACUAUGUGUGGGACCAGGAAGAAGAGGAGGAGGAGGACCGGGACUAUUACCUGGGAGGCUUGAGGCAUGACCUGAGAAUUGACGUCUACCCAGAAGAGGAGAUACUGGAAGAAUACGACGAGGACGACCAAGAGCUGCAUCCUGACACCCACCUGCAUCCUCCGGCCCCUCUACGUCAGUUCACCUGCCCCCAGUGCCGAAAGAGCUUUACCCGUCGCAACUUUCGUCCCAACCUGCAGCUAGCCAACAUGGUCCAGAUAAUUCGCCAGAUGUGCCCCACUCCUUAUCGAGGAAGCUGGGGGAAUGAUCAGGGUAUCUGCUCCAAACACCAGGAAGCCCUGAAGCUCUUCUGCGAGGUGGACAAAGAGGCCAUCUGUGUGGUGUGCCGAGAAUCCAGGAGCCACAAACAGCACAGCGUGGUGCCGCUGGAGGAGGUGGUGCAGUAUAAGAAGAUAGGGUCAACUUCUUCAAUUGAGUUACCUGAAAAUGUUGGCCAGUGACACCAUGCCAAACAGUGUUAAAUUUACGCUAUAAAAAUAUUGGAGUAUCCUGCAAAGCACAAUUCUCUGCAGCUUUAAGAUUGGACAGUAUUGGAAUAUUAACAGCAAUCUUCAAAGGCUAUGAAAGCACAACAUUAAAUAGCCCUUUUAAUUGCAAAGGAGAAAAAAAUGGAGAAACUUUUGAAGCCUUGCAUUCCAAGUGCUGCCGCAACUUUAAGAGGAAAUUGAGGAAUUCCAGACUUUCUUCAUCUACUUCCUGCAGUCUUAACUCUGGAUUGAUGACUGAGUAUAUCAAACUUCAAGUUUUAAAAACUUCAGCUCAUCCUUCUUUGCUUAGUUGAGAAGAAUCUGAUAAAAAUGUGCUUUGCUUAUGUUUAAAAUAGGCUUUAAAAACUGUGAGUAUGCUGGUUUCACAAGCCUAAUACUUGACCACUAAAGACAGUAUUUUUGAAGCUGUACAAAAUGAACUGAGUUGGAAGAAAGUUUUAAUAUUAUAAGGGUAUACAUUACAGUAGUGUCUUAGAUCUGGGUUUUUGGCAAAACUGAAGAAAACUGUGUUUAAGAUGUACUAUAACAAUCACCACCAAGCAUCAACUUCCAUCAACUGGCCCAUAAUCUACUGGAAAUCUUCACCUUGCUGUCAGUGUAACCUUUGUGAAAAACAGUAGAUUUGAUCCCAGUUUGCCUUGAUUUUUGAAGAUCUGUUGAGAAUCCUGUUGAAGAGUAUUUUCUGUUACAUACUGAGGUUCCUUGGUUGUCAAAGAACUGUAUUCAGCUGAAUUUGUGGACAGAAUGAUUUUGGAAUACCAAUGCAAAACAACAUGUCUGAUUUUGGAAUACCACCUAAAGAGAAUCUGUACUUUUAAAAUUUCAAAAAUUAAAACUUUCAGCAGAAUUUAAUGCACUGCAGCCUAAAAUACAUUGACAGUGAAAUGUCAGAAGGCGAGCACCAACAAUCCCCGCUUGUUUUGAAAUACCUGAAGCAAAACUUACCAAAAACCCAGCUACACAUAGCAAACUCGUACUAAAAAUGUCUAAUUUGCUUGGCCAUUUGAAGGACUAGAUUCAUGUUAUUUCAAGAAAAAAGCAUGAAAUGUCCAGAACUAUUUUGGGUGAUUGUUCUUGACGUUUUUCUUAAAACCUACCUGUGGUAACUUUUGGAAAAAAUGUUUUCACUGAUACUUGGUCCUCACUGACAGCACUUCAGGAGGAGUAUGUGGAAAUCAAAGAUUGAUUGUUUUGACUAGAAACUUCCAGAUAAAUACUCUAGAGAAACUGAGAUGUAAAAUGUCUAAACAGAUUAAAAGAAUUUAUUCCAUUUUCUCUUUACAUCUUAAAAGCUUUCUGAGGGGGAGGGGGUAUAUCUAGCUCUGGAGAGAAAACAGUACCAGAAUAUUAUUAAAGCAGCCUGUGUUUUGUUACAUCUUCUACACCACCCAGGAAAGAAAAGUUAAGGCUUAACAGUGACAUGGUUAUCACAUCAUCUGAAUAAAUUUUGGCUUCCAAAAUUACCGUUGCUUUGAUUUUUAGUCACGAUACUUAAUUGUGAAAUUUUAAAUAACACUGAAGGAGGGGGAGUAUGAGAUUUUUAGGUAUAUGAAAAGUAGAGCUAUGGGUUACAAAAACGUUGAGAAAAACUAGUAUAUCCAUAUUCACCAGAUACUCAUUUGUUUAUUGAAUGUUUUCCCUACUAGGUUCAGCUGUUGACUGCUGUAUCACAAGUCAGACUGUUUAAACUUGCUCCUCGCUACUCCUGUGACUG